AUCUCUGCACUCCCACCCUCCCCCCAUCCUCCCCCCGGCCACAGCAUCCCCCGCAGCGAAGCGUGUCGGAGAACUCCCUGGUGGCCAUGGACUUCUCCGGGAGGACGGGCCGGGUCAUCGACAACCCUGCUGAGGCCCAGAGCGCCGCCAUGGAGGAGGGACAGAGCUGGAGGAAACGGAGCCAGCGUCUCAACGUCCUGGGCAGCCCCGGUCCCCUUCACACCCCCUCUCUCAGCGCAGUGAUCCACAGAACCCAGCUGUGGUUCCACGGCCGCAUCGUGCGAGAGGAAGCCCAAAGGAUGAUGGUCCAGCAGGGCCAGGUGGACGGGUUGUUCCUGUUGAGGGACAGCCAGAGCAACCCUAAGGCCUUCGUGCUGACGCUGUGUCACCACCAGAAGACCAAGCACUUUCAGAUCCUGCCGUAUGAAGAGGAGGGCCAGGUGUUCUUCAGCCUGGACGACGGUGCCACCAAGUUCACAGACCUUAUCCACCUGGUGGACUUCUACGAGCUGAACCGUGGCGUGCUGCCCUGCCGCCUCAAGCACCCCUGCACCGCCGUAGCCUUGUGACACUACCCCCUUCCUGUGACCCCCUGGACCCCAACUCCCACUCCCCAACACAGACACAAACCAACCACCUUAACCUUCUUCCAUCUGUAGACUUUGAAUGUACAGACGCCAAAAUACACACAAACACAUACAUGCAUACACACACGCAUACACACAUACACACACAUUUUUGGAUAUUUCAGCAUUCCCCAACCCCUUCCCUGGGCCAGAUAAGCUAUGGUGCCCCCUUCCCCCCCUUCCCCUUUGGGGCACCCACCCUUCCACUAGCCCAUCGAUUAUCAGGGAUAGACAAACAGAGACCCCUGUAGUGGGUCCUGGAGAUUUCUGAAAACCUGUGCAGUCCAGUCUGGAUAAGCUGACCCCAUAACCCCUCCUCCGUCCCCCAACCCAACCCAAACAGACCUUGAUGUGGCCUCGUGCGCUACAGCACAUGCACCAACACACCCACCCCCACAAACCCACACGCAUAUGUACACAAGACACUUGAUGUGUAGCCACACCGCGAGCCAGGCGACAGCAGGCAUUACCAGAGGAAUGUUUAGCAGGAAGGCCCAGACUGACCUUCCCUUUAGAGUUGAUUCAUUGAUGUCAAUUUUUUUUAUUUUAACGAAUGCUGUUUUAAUUGCUGUUAAGUCAAUGCAAAAGUAGUUUCUCUUGUUUUACACUCCCGGGGGAGAUAGUAGUGAGCUGUUGCCUCAAUCUGAAAUGAAAUCGUUUGGCUUCUAGGUUUUUUCUUUUCUUUGGUAAAGGGGCGACCACAUCAUCUUCAUCAUAGUAAACACCCCCCCCAGGAUCACACGUGAGUGCACCUAAACACUAUGAAAGUGUGACAGUGAAAACGUGUGUGAGUUCUUUCCCUGGGUUGAACUGUUGAAAUGUCGGGUUUUGGGGGUUUCUCAGAUUCAACAACAGCAGAAGAAGAUUGUGCUUUGGAAAUUAGAUUUGAGCCAAACUCUAUCAACCCUCCCCUUGCUUAAUAUUCUUAAAAAAAAAACUACUUUUUGGUUUGACUGUUUAAAAUGUAUAGAGUCUAAAAGGAUCUGAAAGUUUUUCUCAAUUUGUAUUGGGGUUGUGUGUGAAUGUCCUUUCCCCUUUCCUCGAUUUCCGUUCUAAACCUCACUGCUUGCACAUUGUGAAUUAUCUGUUUGGUUGGUGGGGUUUGUGUGUUUGUGCAUGCGUUUUUGUAUGUGUGUUCCGAGGAUUUGGGGACGCAUGUGCAAUUUUUUUUUCAAGGAAGGACCCCGGGCGAGGAUAGUUUGAGUAAGCGUGACCACUCCUGCAGUUUCUGCCAGAUAAAAAAAAAAGUAACGUCCUCUUUAUUAUUCUUUUACUUUAUUGAACAAAA